GCUCAACAUUUCUCUACGAAAACAAAGAAAGUGUCAGUCUGAUGUAUGUUUGCAGAACUUAUAAUAAAACUUUCAAGUAAUGGAGUCGACACAGCCACACACAAUCGAACCACGUAACCCAAAAUUGUUGAAAAUCCAUCUCCGUUAUCACCCACCCGGCAUAAUUUUGGACUAUUUUGAUGCAUAUCGAGUCCGGAAGGAGAAGACGAUUGACCUUCUUGACCUUAAUUGUGGGACGAAUAUUCCAUCCCUGGCCACCGAACUGCUCAACUCUGACCCACUCUUUUACACGCACAAUCACCGGAUGAAAUGCUUGGAUGCGCUGGAAAGGCUGAAGGAGACGCAGUUUCAUAACUUUUCGAAACGCUACGUUCAAGUCCAAAUUAUAAAGCCGCAUUCACUUCCAUUAACGGGGGCUGCUUUCUCUAAAGAUGGAUUAAGGUCGGUACAUUCGUACAUUGUAGAAUUGGUGAUAGCAACCUUUUUGAUCUAUAAAUGUUUCGUUCUGGAAGUCCAAACCCUUUCUGGACACCAGUCCAAAAUUUCCAAAAUGUCCACUUCCUGCUUAGCGAAUGGCAGCAAAGUUUGGAACGCUCAAUCAGGAAGAGAAAUCGCGACCUUGGUUGGACAUGAGGAUGCCGUGACUUCCAUUAAUUUUAACAGUUUGGGGGACCAAAUCUUGACCUCUUCUUCCGAUGGAACUCUACGUCACUGGCGACUUGAUCAAGAUAUGCUCAUCUCAUGUAAAAACGUUUUAACUACAAAAACCUCAAUUUCCGGUGACCGAAAGACGACUUACACUGACGAUAGUGGUGGACGCGUCCUCUUCUGUAAAUAUAGCCCCGAUAACCAAAUGGCACUUUCUGCUUCGGACGAUAAGAAAGCAUGCAUUCAUGAUUUAGUUCAAGGCGUACUUCGCUACAAAUUUUGUCCCGAGCUGAAAUCGGACCAAGAACUGAAUUCUGUCAACAUGGACAAGACUGGGACCCUGCUUCUUCUGAGUCCUCACGCCACAUGCACGGCAGCCCUCUUCGACCUUCGCACAGGGGAAAUGACGGACACUUUAGAAGGUCAUGACAUGGAGGUGACGAAAUCCAUUUUCGAUUUCGGGGGUCAAAAUAUUGCCACUUCUUCGUGGGAUUGUACCGUCAAGUUGUGGGACAUUCGUAACUUGGAGGAACCUGUGCACACCUUCUGUGAAAGUGAUUCUGAGGCAAGCAAUUUGUGUUCUAAACACAUUCUUGUCACAGAAUUUAUGACUUAUUUUGCUUUUAGAUAAUACAUAGAAUUCCACCCCUGCGGUAAAUCUGUCGUGGCCGGAUCCGCUGAGGGAAAUAUUUUCGUUUGGGACGCUACAAAAGGAAAGUUGCUCUUUGAAAAGGAAGUGCAAAACAGCCCUCUUUCCAAAGUCGUUUUUAGUCCGAAUGGAGCCAUUGUUUUGGGAUGUAAUGACUUUGGAACGAUUUGCAUGUAUCACGCCGAGUUGGGAAGUUGUCUCCAAACGCUGCCAGACCACACGAGAGAAAUUGUGGGGACUGCUUUCUCUUACGAUUCGGGUCAUCUCAUGACGGUGAUUCAAAUUAUACAAAAUAUAUGUAUAACUUGGCAAAACAAUUAAUAAUUUCUCGACGGGAUUUUAGGCAUCGAAGGACAAGUCGGUCCGGAUUUAUAAGCAUGCAUUAAUCCGGUAGUCAGAAUAAUAGCACUAAAAUGAUACUGCUUCUACAAAUCUAUAUCGACAAAGUUUUAAGAUAACAAAUUGAGCUUUAUAUCCCAAAUUAAGUAGAUUUUAUUAAAUAUAUCGCCCCACAAUAACAUUAUUUUUAGUGCACUUGUUUGCACACAGUCGCAGCAACAUUCAAUAACUUUGACUAAAUUACUAUAUACUUUAUCAACCAGCUUGCUUAAAACAACCGAAAAAAAAGGAAUCCUUAUUAAUUUCCAUUAUUGCGCGUAAAUAUAUGUGUAUAAUAUCUAUUUAGUAAAAGUAAAAUAAAAUUCUAUCCUAUAUAACGAUUUAAAA